AGCAGACAUGCCUCGGCUCCCCAAUGCCGAAUUGAGGUCGGUGCUGUUAGUGGUUCCCUUCAGCUGCCUCCCAAACCCGACAACGACAACGACAACAACUGAACACAACACGCCGAGAUCCGGCCCCGAAUUCAAUGACAUAAACGCGGCUACAAACAUCACCACCACCCACCAUGUCGAUCGAUCGCCUCCUCACGACGGUGCUACAAUCGUACCAGGAUGUGCACGAUGACGCCCGCACCGAGCAGAUCUUCGGGUCAACCGCCCUCCUCCUCACGAACCUCUCGAACCCGCUGAACCUCUCCUUGCUCACAUCGCAACUCCUCAUUGCGCCCGCGAUAUGGGGUCGCCGUGAUGGCAUGCGCACAUGCUACCGCAUCAUCAGCAUCUUCAACACCGCCGCUAUCCACGUGCGCCGCAACGAGCUCGAGAAAGGCAAGAAGAAGGGACAGCAACAACAUCAACUACAACAACAGCGGAGUGGCGGCGAUCUGAGUAGCAAUGCCUGGACGGCAGCAAUCCUCAAGGGCGCCGACGACCAGUCGGGGCGAUGGCAACAUUUGCUCGUCUUCAGCGGCGUGCUGAUGGGCAUGGAGGGCAAUCACCGGUACUCCCUCAGCAGCGGCAUGCGCAACACAGUCGAGCUAGCCGUCGUCACUGCCACGAACCUUGCCGUACAAAGCAGGGAACCCGAACCCCCAGCCCCGUCCGGUCCUGUGGCUCUGGCCCUCAACUACGCCUUUCCGCUGCUGUCCGACUCGGCACGCGCCGGCCUAAACUGCGAUGCGCUCGUUCCCGUCGCAGCCCGGGCGAUGCUUGGCGGGGAUGGCCUACAAGACGGCGUGGUCCUCGCAUCCAUCGAUCAGGACGUGCGGCAGGCGGAGCAGAAGUUUAUGUGGCUCGAGAACUCACCGUCAUAUCUACACCUGCAGCAGCUCGAACAGCGGCCGCUCAUCUCCGGCCUGGGACCGCUCUCCACGUUGCUCGCCCAUGCCGUACAAUUCGCACGCGACUCCGACGUGGUAAUGCAGUUACAAGACGACUUGGUGGCAUUUACCGCGAGGCUGCUACAGCACUGGCAGACCGGUAAACUCUCCGAGCUCGAAAUCUCAGAAGAAAGCGUCUUCCUCACACCCGAGACACUCGAGACCACUUGGAUCGCCCUCUGGCAGUUCCUCAAAAAGACCAUGUACGCCGUCGUGGCCGUCCUACAAUCCAUCGUCACCCGCAGCCUCCUCGAUCACCGCCUCAAGCACCACACCGUCGCCCCGACCAUCGCCACCAAGACCCUCCAUACCCUCCGCAACCUCUACUUCAUCUCCUCGCGCAACGGCAGCGACGCCUUCCAAGUCUACGCCUUCACCUACCUCACCUCCCUCGACACCCUCUCUCGCUACGGCCCCGCCUCGGCCUCCUUCCUCCGCUCCAUCCUAUCCCCCCAAUCAGCCAUCCCCCCUCACCCCCUCCACCGCACCCUCGACCUCUUCUACCUCAACACAGCCGAACACCUCCCCUUACUCCUCUCCCCACCAGACUGCGAAGCCCUAAUAAUCCAGCCCGCCACAGCCUACCUCAACCCCCCUCCCUCGUCCUCCCCCUUCCCCUCCAGCAACAACAACAACAACAACACCACGACCACCACCACCACCCCCCUAUCCCCACGCAUGAUCCAGCUCUUCGAAGCCGCCCACAGCGCCGUGCUCGCCUGCCUGGCCUGCCCGCACAACGCGCCCCUGACCGCCCGCCUCGUGCCCUUCUACGCCGAGACCCUCUUCGCCUCCUUCCCCGCCCACAUCUCCCCGCGCCAGUUCCGCCUCGCCUUCCGCACCCUCGUCCAGAUCCUCAGCCCGCCCUUUGCCGUCUCGUGGGACCAGGCCGCCCUGGCGGACGUGCUGCUGGAGAUGGUGCGUUUUAGGGUGGGGGGGGCGGGGAGGGUGCCGCUGCCGCUGUCGCCGGGUGAAGGGGGGGUGGGGGUUGGUGGGGUUGAGGAGGGACAGGAGAUGUCGGAGCAGAGCGCGCUGGUGCUGACGCUGGUGGAUGCGCUGCCGUUUUUGCGGGUGGGCAUCUUUGAGGAGUGGAUGGGGCUUGUGGCGGGCGCGGUCAAUGAGGUGGUUGGGGAACGGUUGAAGGAGGCGGCGAGGAGGCGGUUUUGGGAGGUGUUGGUCAGCGGGGAGAUGGAUGUCGAGAGGGCGGCUAUUGCGGCUGCGUGGUGGGGGACUAAGGGUGGGCGGGAGGCCGUUUUGUUUGGGAGGGCGGUUGGCGGGGGGCCGCCGCCACAGCAGCAGCAGCAGCAGGAGGAGAUGUAUAUGAUGAGCGGGGCGCUGGUGGAGGAUGAGAGGGAGAGUAAACUGUGAUUGUCUGUUGGGGUCGGACGAUGAGCCUGGUUGGAGUCAUUGGUCGGUGUGGGAGUGCAUUCAACAACUUCCAAACGUCAGAGUCACUUCCAUGGAAACACGCUCUGGCCAUGGGACCGUCCCCAUGCCAUUCCCGCUGCAUUGGGAUGGGGCCCGGACAAUGGGGAGUGCGCCGUAUCACGAGGGGGACACGGCCAACUAGGGGCCGCACCCAACCGUUUCGACGGUAUAUCCGGGGUGUAAAAGGGGGGUUGUGCUCGGUAGGACCUGGGUCAUGAGCAGGAGCCUUCUCCUUGUCUCCGAGAGAGUUGUUAGUUGGCCAGGGCGGUGGUGGAACUGUAACAAUAGCUGUAUGAGAGUUGGGUUAGGCCGUGUGUAGAUGGUGGUAGCAAAUAAACAGCAGGGCGAUGCCAUCCUCUUG